AGUUGGCCCUUCUGGCCUGACUGACAGACAACAACAGUCCACACAAAGUAAAAGCCACAUUGCGGAUUUCCACCGGAGCAACAAAAGACCAAAGAAGAGAAGAGAAAAACUUCAUAUCGGGGCUUUGUUGGGAGUUUUUUUUUUGUCAACAUGAAAAGCUCAGAUCUAUUCCUGCUGGUGUGUUGCGUAUGCAGCCUGAGUUCACCGGGAGGAGCAGGAGAUGUAGAGCAGGCUCUGACAAAGCAGGUCUUCACUAACUAUAAUCUGAAAGUCCGUCCUGCGCGCCACCCUGACGAGCGAGUGGUGGUCCGAGUGGGCAUGACGCUCUCUUCAUUUGUCGGACUGAACAUGAAAAAUGAAGAAAUGAGCACUGUCGUCGUCAUGAAUUUGGAGUGGACAGACUACAAUUUAUCAUGGGAUCCCAAAGAGCACGAUGGGAUUGAAGUGUUACGCAUUCCCGCAUCCAAAGUGUGGCUGCCGGACAUUGUCCUGAUCAACAACAACAACGGGAAGUUUGACGUCGCCCUGUACGUUCACGUCCAGGUGCAUAGUAACGGCAGGGUUACCUGGACGCCGCCCGCACUUUACCUCAGCUCCUGCGGCGUCAGGGUGACGUAUUUCCCCUUCGACUGGCAGAACUGCAGCAUGCAGUUCCGUUCCUACACGUACGACUCUACCGAGAUCGAGCUGCAGUACCACCUGGAUGAAAAUGGCGACGAGAUACGGGAGAUUCAACUGGACGAGGCCUUUAGCGAGAGCAGCGAAUGGAACAUCAGACACAAGCCAUGCAGGAAGAACAUGAACAAAGAUCGUUACGAGGAUAUGAGCUUCUACCUGAUCAUCGAGAGGAAGCCGCUGUACUACGUGCUGAACAUUAUCAUCCCUUGCAUUCUCAUUACGAUCAUCGCCAUUUUCAACUUCUACUUGCCACCUGAUGCAGGUGAAAAGAUGGGACUGUCCAUCAACGUUUUGCUCACCCUCACCGUCUUUUUGCUGCUGCUGGCCGACAAAAUUCCUGAGACCUCGCUGGGUGUUCCCAUCAUUGUCAAUUACAUCAUGUUCACCAUGAUCCUGGUCACCUGUUCGGUCAUCCUCAGCGUGGUGGUACUCAACCUGCAUCAUCGGUCACCAAACACUCACAUGAUGCCGCAUUGGGUCCGCAAGAUAUUCAUCCACAUGCUGCCCCCGUACCUGUGCAUGCUGCGCCCGAAAGUGGAGGUGCCCCUGGCCCUCAAGAUGCUACCUGCCCAGCGGGAGAAAAAGGUCUUUGCUAUCAACAAGGCCACCGACGAGUACUUCAUCCGCAAGCCGGACUCCUCAGUCUUGUUCCCUAAGCCUAACAGGUUCCAAGCUGAAGGGAAAAACCUAAGGAAGUUCAUCGACGGGCCUAGUAGGUACCUUUCACUUCCUCCUGAACUUCAAUCUGCAAUCGAGGCUAUCACGUACAUCGCUGAAGCCCUGCAGGCCGAGAAGGACUACGAAGCUCUGAAGGAGGACUGGCAGUACGUGGCCAUGGUGGUGGACCGGAUGUUCCUCUGCCUUUUUGUCAUCUUCACCACCGUGGGCACCUUGGCCAUUUUUAUUAAGGCCAGCCUCAAUCGUGCACCCACUGACCCUUUCUAACCCCGUGUCGGAAGGAAAAAGUCAAGUUUCUCGUCAUAUAUUGGUUGAGUGUGUACAUUGUGCCAGUUGGGACAAAUGCGUUUGACCUCCAUGCAUAUGAAUGAACAUCUUGACUCUUCACAGAUGAGCAAGCCAGGCUCGGGAACUUUUCGAGCGUUUACGCUCACAUUCACCUUGACGGUCUUCAGAAAGGCCCGAAUCCACCUCGGAACCUCUCAAUUAGUUCGAUUCAUUGCUAAAAAUAUUCAACGGCGGCAGAGUUUGGAUCCGGCGUGGCGUAAAUAUUCCGACGCGGUGUCAACAAAUAAACACGGGACACAGCAGAUGCCAUAAUGACCCAGCUGUAUGCUUUUCAUUUCCAUGUGUCACAAUGUGCCGCGGUGUGUCACAUGCUUUAUGGAUAUUCCUGUACCUAAACUAAUCCUCUUUGUAUUUAAAGCACUUGCGUGUGUUUGUACAGCGAGGCUAUUCUUACGUCGCAGCUGCGAAUAGCCUUUGGAAUUCCUAUCGUAUAGGCGACCUUUUUUUUUCGCUCUCUCCUUGACUCAGCGGUCUGCAUGUUUGGCGCUCACUGGUCCUCAAAACGCAUGUCA